AUGGCGAUAAAUUGUUCUUUCCAUAGUUUGGGCACGGAUGACAUGGCUCUUCAAAAAUAUAAAACUUUAAUUGUGCAUAUAUCAUUCCUGUUGAGCAUAAUAACAAUGUGCGUUUCGCUUGCGUUAGUUAUUGUGGCUAGUAUCCUUUCAAGAGAUGAGGGUUCCACGUAUGUUGACCUAAACAUAAAUGAGGGGGACGGCACUGUUCCCAACACGUACGUGUACAUACAAAAUGAUUCAUCCCCCUUUGCGUUGCAGCUAAAGGGGAAGGAGAACUCUGUCUCCGUCGACACUUCCAUGGGGAUGAGUGCAGGGGAAGAAGGAGAAGAAGCUGCAGUAAAUGAAGAGAGGAAUGGUAACAACUCAAGUGAUCAAACGAUGAAAGAUGGGGAAGAAGGAGAAGAUGCAGUAAAUGAAGAGAGGAAUGGUAACAACUCAAGUAAUCAAACGAUGAAAGAUGGGGAAGAAUUGUUCGUCUUUGAUGGAGACCCGCAAGCACUACCAAAAGGAAACUCCAAAGUGGACGAAUUAAAUCCUGGUGAGAAGCAAAAUAAAGUCAUACGGAUAGUGAUGAACUGA